AUCUAAUUAUUUAUCUUCCAACGCAUAAACCAAUUAUAAAACUGUAAAAAUAGACAGCCAACUAUAAAAAGAAUAUAUUCAAUUAUACUAUUCUUUUUCUCUUACUUUGUCACAUUCAACCUUCUUCACCUCCUUUCUUCUUCUUACUUGUAUAUGGUUUGUCUAUUUUCCACAUUUAUCAUCCUUUUUUAUACAGAAGUCGAAUCGAUCACUCUUCUAUCGUUGUCUCUCUAGUUAAGACUUAAAAUAAAUAAAAAUUGGGAGUAGGAGAUAAUGUAAUCUUGGGAAUAUAGUUUAACAUUUAUAGUUGACUAUUAACCUUGACCUUUCAGAAUUCGCAACUGGUUGAAUUAUACUUUUCAGAUGAAAACUGUUUCCGACACAACACCCAAAACUUGUCCUAUGAUAUCUUCCAAGUUCUUGUGAAAACAUUAUAUGUUAAUUUGUAACCUGUGUUGCAAGUAAACGUAACAUUCCGUGUGAGUCCGUGCGGAAGGACCAAAUCUUGUCUAGCAAGAGAAUCAACAUAAUGAGGUGCUAUAACAAUUACUCCACGUCGAUUCUUCUCUUUGUUAUGCUGAUGCUCAUCCUUGCUUCAAAUGUUGUCACUCUUUCGAGCUUGUGUCAAACCGAAUCAUGUGGAAGUAUAAAGAUCCCAUACCCCUUUGGAGUCAGAGAAGGUUGCUAUCUCAACGAAUGGUACAAAAUCGAAUGCAGAAACAAUACUUUUCCCUUCCUUUUCAAGAUGGGCCUGGAAGUUGUGAAUUUCUCUUUUCCGCGUGAGAAUUCUUAUACAACCAGUUCAUACCCUUCCAGUUCGUAUGGGUCAAUCCGUAUUAAAAGCCUGAUAACCUCCGUUGGAUGUUCCAGAGAUGGAAAAGAUUCAGGACUGGUUUUGAAUUUGACGGAUAGUCCUUUUUUCUUCGAAGAUGGAAACAGCCUUGUAGCGGUUGGUUGCAACGGAAAAGCAUCGUUGACUAACAUUGAACCGACCAAAGUGGGAUGCGAGUUGAAUUGUACUGCAAGCAAAGAGAGGUUACCUAGCAAAAGUAUCCCUUUUUUCGACAAUGCCUGGUGUUCUAGCAAUCCGGUUUGUACCAAGAACAAAGGAGAAGAUGAAAGAAGAUGCGAUGGUAAUGGUUGCUGCGAGGAAACUCUAGAAGGUUUUCAGGAUAAACGUGUGAUGGGUGUCAGAAUAGAGAGCUUUGAGCAAGGAAACUCGACAUUCAGAAAAUGCAGAGUCGCUUUCUUAACAGAUGAAGUGUACAUGCUAUCGAAUGCAACGAAGCCAGAAAGUUUUUUCUCUAAGGGGUAUGCUACAGUUAGGAUGGGAUGGAUCAUUCAGACGAAUAAUCUUUCUUACAUAAAAUCUUUGGGCUGCGAAACCACAAAAGAGUACCAGAGUGUUCCAUAUAGUAAAUUUCAAGAAAUAAGCUGCAUAUGCUACAGUGUCACCACUUCUGGGACCAGUUAUGCAAACUGUGGAUGCAACCAAGGUUAUACAGGCAACCCCUACCUCUUUAACGGAUGCAAAGAUAUUAAUGAGUGCCUAGAACGAGAUCCUGAUAGAAAUGGAACGCGCAUGUACUGCAGAGACAGCGACACUUGCGUAAAUGUGCCUGGAGAUUUUCGUUGCGUGGGAGAUAAGACUGGAGCAAUAAUGAAAGGAGUAGGUGCAGGGUUUGGCGUCUUAGUCCUAGUAGGUGGAAUUUGGUUGCUGAGAAAAUUUCUUAAGAAGAGAAGGAUAACUCGGAGGAAAAGAAUGUUUUUCAAACGUAACGGCGGGCUAUUGUUACAACAACAAUUAGAAACAAGAGAUGGCAACGUCGAGAAGACAAGAAUAUUCAGCUCAAGAGAGCUUGAAAAAGCCACAGAAAACUUCAGCGACAACAGGAUACUUGGACAGGGAGGUCAAGGCACUGUGUACAAAGGAAUGUUGGCAGAUGGUCGGACGGUUGCUGUCAAGAAAUCCAAAGUUGUAGAUGAAGAUAAACUAGAGGAGUUCAUCAACGAGGUCGUCAUUCUAACCCAGGUCAACCAUAGACAUGUCGUCAAGCUCCUGGGAUGUUGCCUAGAGACGGAAGUUCCUGUUCUGGUUUAUGAGUUUAUCCCCAAUGGUAACCUUUUCCAACACAUACAUGAAGAGUCUGAUGAUUACACAAUGAUAUGGGGAGUGCGCCUACGCAUUGCUGUAGAUAUCGCAGGAGCUCUUUCCUAUUUGCACUCUGCUGCGUGCUCUCCUAUUUAUCAUCGAGAUGUCAAGUCAACAAAUAUAUUAUUGGACGAGAAAUAUCGAGCCAAGGUGUCUGAUUUUGGUACUUCAAGAACAGUAACAGUGGAUCAUACACACUGGACAACUGUUAUUUCAGGUACAGUUGGAUAUGUGGAUCCAGAGUACUACGGAUCUAGCCAAUAUACUGAUAAAAGUGAUGUUUAUAGCUUUGGUGUUAUCCUUGUUGAGCUAAUCACAGGGGAGAAGCCUGUGAUAACCCUACCGGAUUCUCAGGAAAUAAGAGGCUUGGCUGAUCAUUUCAGAGCUGCCAUGAAAGAAAAUAAAUUCUUCGAUAUUAUUGAUGCUCGUAUAAGAGAUGUGUGCAAACCGGAACAAGUAAUGGCAGUGGCAAACCUCGCAAGGAAAUGUUUGAACUCCAAGGGGAAGAAGCGGCCAUAUAUGAGAGAAGUGUUUGCCCAGUUGGAGAAGAUAUGUUCAUCUCCAGAGGAUCCAUUGGUAAAGAUUGAAAAUGACAUUGAUAAUGAUGAUGAAGAGGAAGAAGGAAUGAAUAUGAUAGAGAUUGCUGAUUCAUGGACCACUGGUGUUACUGCUCCAGCCUUCAGUAUUGUCGCUUCGCCUUCAUCUUCAGAUGUUAAACCAUUGUUUCCUCCUUCCACAUGGUGAAUUGUAAAAAGUGAAGGUAACUCUGAUCACUUUCCAAGGUUUGGCAUUUGUUGUGCUUUAAUUAGAUGUGGUUGUGGUUUGCGUUUAUUUUUCUUCAUUUAACAAUCUGCUUCUUUGUUAUUUGUAAAAGACAUAGGGCGAUCUUUCUACAUGCUGAACUUAAUUACAACCUCGUACUCUAAAAGCUUUUAUCAAACUCUUGUCUUUUAUCUUUCAAACUUAUCUAGAUUUUACAGUAUUAAGGCUUUCCCACAUUUGAGGAGGCAUACUCAGAUGUACACAAAAAAAGCCAUGACUAUCCUAGACAACCACAAGUUUCAUUCAAGUACUACUACACAAAACAAUACAUGUAUCCUUAUUAUCUAUGCCAUCCAAGCCUAUAAGUUUUUCUUGAUCUCUUUGAAAAGAGAAUAAACAAAAAAAAAAGAGCAAAAGGAACCAAAUAGGUUACAGCCACCUUAAGCCUCCGAACUUUCUUGCAGAUUGUACUUUCUCAUCUGAGCUGAUAGGUCCACUUUCUUAGUCUCUCGUUUGCAUCCAAAAGAAUAUAUACAGACGAAGGCUUGCUCACUUUAGAUGGUCAUUACGUAAUAAGUAC